UUCUAGUCUCGCAAAGCUUCUUCUCUGCUUCCAAACAAACCAUUUUUCUCUCCUUGUGAAUCCCAUUUUCUUUUGAGUCUUUGUCCUUUUCUUCUCCAAGAUCCGUCGAAGCUCCAGCAGAAAGGAUUCAAUAUUUGGAAAACUACUGCUCUUUUCUUUUCUUUAAGGCUUAAACUAUAGUUCUACUCUCCAAAAGAAUCUCACACAUAUCAAACAAAAGAAUGCUCUCCCAGUCUAUCAAGAAGAAAAUGUGGAAGUUUUCUCACUGACUUAUCUCCAUGUCCCUUAAACACAAAAUUUGUCCUUUUUGCGGUAUGGAAGGCAUGAUCAUAGCCUCAAGAAUCACUAACAAGGCUGUUAAACAACAAAACUUCCCUCUUCAAAAGCUCUCCUUCUGGUUCGCUCCCCCAACUCGUCCUCCAGGCCUACGUUAUUCCGCUUUCCGCUCAUGAAACUAACAAGCUAGCACAUAUAUACAUAUCCGGCUCUAUCCUUCUUCUAUUUCUUUUUGCAAUGGUUGCCUACUAUUAUAACUCUAACUCUUCAUCUGGGUACGGUUAUUUUAACACGUUGGAUCCAUUUCCGAGUAGUUUAGAAGGUUUUAAUGGUUUGCGAGGUGGGUCGAUGGUCUCGCAGUCUUUGGUGUUGGAUAAUGAGAAAGGAGAACUCGUAAAAGCACCGGCUACGAGAGUCGGAAAGAAAGGGAUGUCUGACGCCAAGGCUCUGGCGGCUCUGAAGAGCCAUAGUGAGGCAGAAAGGAGGAGGAGAGAGAGGAUUAACGCCCAUCUUGCUACUCUUCGCGGUCUCUUUCCCUGCACCGAAAAGGUAGCUUUGAUAUGGAGACAUAUCUUUCUGAUGGACAAAGCCACAUUGCUUGCUGAAGUUAUUAACCAAGUGAAAGAACUGAAAAAGAAUGCAGUAGAAGCCAGUGAAGGUCUUCUAAUUCCAAUGGAUGAUGAUGAAGUGAAAGUUGAAACAUAUGACAAUGGAGCAGGAGAUGGAACUUUGUCUUUUAAAGCAUUCCUAUGUUGUGAUUAUCGACCUGAGCUUCUGUCUGACAUAAGACAAGUAGUUGAUUCCCUUCAAUUGAAAAUGGUGGAUGCAGAAAUAUCUACCUUAGGAUGCCGGCUAAAGGUUGUGAUUUUUCUAACUAGCUGCAGAAAUAAGAAUGCUGUUGAUGAUGCUGAGGAACCACAGCUUCUCACAAAUUCUGUUCACCAGGCCUUGAAUUCUGUCCUGGAGAAAGGUUCUAUCUCAGCUGAAUAUUCACCAAGAACAACACUCCAAAACAAGAGGAGGAGGGUGACUUUCUUUGAAUCCUCCAGCUCGACUUCUUAAGAGCCAAAAUCUUGUUGCUGUUGGUGGUGAUGGGCAUACUCCUAAAUGGUGGUUACUGUAUCAGUUUGUGUCGAAAGUUUGGAAGACUUGUGGUGCUAUAUACAAAGUAAUAUUUGCAGGAGUGAUUAAUGACAAAGUUGCUGCCACCUUGAGUAUUAAGAAGGUGGCUUCAUCUUUGUAGUUGUAAGCAUAUGGUUGUGUUGUAACUUAAUUAUAAGCUUAAUUAAACUCUUAACGAUCACCCUUUCUUGUAUCGUGUAGGUGAUGGCUAUAGAACAAUGUAUUCUAUUUGAAUAAAUUUGAAAUUUUGUAUAUAAAUAAAAAUGCCUAUAAAAGUAUGAUGCUCAA